CGUGAUCGCCCUGUCCCAGUUUCCCCUCACGCAGGGGCCCGCUGCCAUCCCAUGUGAGCGGCGGCGUUCGUCCGAGCGGCGCAUUAGCGGUGGGGGGAAGGAAGGGCAGGGAGCGUGCCCGCCCUGUGGGGAGGCGGGCGGCAUGGCGGAGAGCGGCGCCUGGCUGCUGGUGCUGAGCUCCGUUUUCGUCUGCAACGCAUUCAAGAUCCUCCUGCCCUCUUGCUCCUCCAUCAUAUCCAGAUUGUUACAAAAGGAUGCAGAGCAGGAAUCCCAAAUGAGAGCUGAAAUUCAGAACAUGAAGCAAGAACUGUCAACCAUUAGUAUGAUGGAUGAGUUUGCUAGAUAUGCCCGUCUGGAAAGAAGGAUUAACAAAAUGACUGACAAGCUUAAAACUCAUGUGAAAGCACGAACUGCCCAGUUAGCCAAAAUAAAGUGGGUUAUAAAUAUUGUAUUCUACAUCUUACAAGCUACCUUGAUGGUCUCUCUGAUUUGGAGGUACUAUGCUGAGCCAGUUACAGUGCUUCCAGGCAAAUGGCUUGCUCCGCUGGAGCGCUUGGUAGCCUUUCCUACAGGGGUGACAGGUGGUGUUGGAAUUACAUGUUGGCUUGUGGUUUGUAAUAAAGUUGUAGCUAUUUUGCUACACCCUUUCAGCUGAAGGAAUCCCAGUAAUCCAUGGAGUCCUCAACUACACUUUCAUUAUCACUGUUUUGAAUGAGACUAGGUCUGAGAUAACCUUUGUUACUUCAUUUGCAUAUCAGCCAGUAUUCCUUUUGAUGUAUUUUAUCUUUCCUUAGUUUGCUUUUCCAUUUGGUGGUCAGUUUUCAAAGAAUAGCAUUGCUGUUUUUAUAAAGCCUCAUUUUGUGUCUGCUUUGAUAAGUGUGAACACUGAUUCAUGGCAGAACUGUAAGACUUUGUCAUGGCAUAUACUCACCAAAACCUGCAAGUGUUGGACUUGUAUAUUUUAAAUUGGAAAUGCACUGGCAGUAGGAGUUCAUCUGGGAGCUUUGCUACUGCUUUGCUGUAUGACAUGGUAGUUUCACCCAGAGAUGGGACUGUGAUGACAAAGUGAUACUAGAAGAUACAGAGGAAGGUGGUUUGGUUGACUUAGAGGUAAAACACAGUUACCUCCUUGUUAUUUUUUUACACUAGAAUUGGGGCGUUCUUGGGUUGUCUUGGAAAAUACAUUAUUGAUAUAUGUGCAGAAUCAACUUUUUAUCUCUCAAGAAGCUCACUCAGUUGCUCAGUACAGCAUGGCUGGAUGUAUUUUUCCUCCCUGACUUUUGAAGUUCAUUGAAUACUUGUAUUUUUUCCUACUUUUAUUGAUAACUGACCUUUCCUCCCUUGGUAUUUUUUUCUGCUUCCAAAACUGAUUAUCACUGAAACUAUUUUCUUCCAUGUUUGGAGGGGGAAGGGUCUGGUCAGCCUGCUCAAGCUCCGUGUUAAUAAAGAGAAAGCAGACGAGUGUGCUGUUCCUUCAGAGGGCUGUGUUUCUAAGGGCUUUAGCAUACAUUAAUGACAGUCCAGGGUAGCCCAAAAUAGCUGUGUAAGUGUAAAAAGGCACAUUGGUGAUUUAUAUGUGUAAAGCGAUAACAGAGUGGUAGCAGGCCAGAGGAGGGGGGAAAACAGUUUUCUGUUUCAGAGUAAAACUUUCUUGUGGUAUUUAGGUACAGGAAACAGCCACAGUAUUUUACAUUUAAGGGAGGACAGAAUUAUUCCAGUACUGUGCCUAUAGAAGAGUGACAAAGUUGUGUUAUCUUCCAUGCAACCCUGUCACUGCUGCCAUGCAAGAUAAACGCAUGGGUUUAUAAAGUUGUUGUUCCACACCUCUUUGGUUUUUGACAUGAGCCUGAACAGAGCCCUUGGGGGCAUCUUUCUUUCCUCCUCUGGGCUUUGGUGAUUCUGAUUCAGCUUCCUGCUCUAUACAGUGAAAUGCAUCUGCUCUGUUAUUCCAGGCCUUUUGCCUAGGGCCCCUCUAUAAUUGCCACUGCAUUGAGAAAUCAGUUCAAAAGGUCGUGAUACAUUCCGUGUAUAUAUGCAUGAAAUGUUUGUGAGGCUUUGGUUUUGUUUGGGUUUGGUUUGGAUUUUAAGUGGUAAUUUAAAAAAAAAAGGUUUUACAUUAGGAUUACAUUUAGUCAAGGUGAAAAUAGAUGCAUUAAAUAGCAAGAAAAAAAAUGUUGUGGUUGAAUGUUAUGUAUAAUUGUGGUUUUAUUAAUAAAAUAAAGCUUUUUGAUCUGUC